CAAAGAUCCUUAUGUUGAAAAAUUUGGUGAAGCAUUAAAGGUUAUAAAUAGUAUGUAGGAGCUUAUUCACAUGCGGUAUCUUUUAAAUGAAAGGGGAAUUAUAGAUGUGUACAUUGAACAUGUGUGUGAUGAGCCAAACACUUUAGAAUUGCUUAAAGGUGGCACCGUUCCACAUGAAGCAGUUGAUGAAGGUAUAAUGCAUUUUUCUAGAAGUGAUGAAGACAUUAGGGAAGGCUGUGUGACACAAAAUUCACAACCAACCCCAACUUGUAAUGAAGCUCUAGAAACAACUGAAGGUGAUGUUGAUAAAACAUAUGCAGUGCAUGGAGGUGAUGCAAGCCAACAACAAGAUCCAGAGCAUAAUGAUCAUGAUGAUGAGGACUUCCUUGAUAAUGUGCAUAGUGAUGUAGAUGAUGAGGAGGUGCUUGAAUGUAUUAGAAAUAAAAAGAAACAUAAAACUAGAAUUGAUAGCCAUGGAGAUUUGGGUUUUGAUUCUAGCUUUGAAAACAAUGAAGAUGAAUUUGAGGUUUCUAGUGAGGAUUCAGGUGACUACACUAUUAUGGAUGAAGAUGAACUUGAAGAAGAAAAAGGAGAUGUAAAAACUACUAGAAAUGGUGAUUUAUGGUUUAAUCCUUCAUGGGCUGAUGUUUGGUUUGAGGUAGGGAUGAAGGUUGAGCAUGUAGCACAGUUUAAGAAGGCUAUAGUUAAGUACCAAAUUCAAAAAGGUUGUAGGUUGAAACCUGUUAAAAGUGACCCCACUAGGCAGAGAAUUUACUAUGUUGAUCGACUGUACAAUUGGCAAAUCUUUGCCAGUUUUGAUAAAAAUGACCAAAUUUUUAAAGUGAAGACAUAUUACAGGCAACACACUUGCUUUAGGAGUUUGAAGUCUAACAUGGUUGGGUCAAGGGUACUAGUAGAACACCAUAGGAAUAGAAUUUUUGCAAAUCUGCAGAUUAGAAUUAGUGAGUUAGUGAGAUUUUCUCAUUUAGAAUUAGGAGUUCAUGUUUCAAGAGAUAAGUGUAAACUAGCAAAGAAUAAGAUUAUGAAGGAAGUGAAGGAAACUCAUGUGAAUGAAUUUACUUAGUUAAGAAGGUAUGCAGAAGAGUUGUUGAGAUUGUCCGCGGAGUCAACUGUUAAAAUUUAUACUAAGCCACCCACAACUCCAG